CUGUGUGUCUCAGUAGAGGAAAAGAACGACAUAUGAACAGCCUUAUGGAUUAUUUGAGGGUCUAAAAUAUCCAUGAGGGAGAAAGACCUCAAUGCAAAGUUUAUUAUUUCGAUGGAAAAAAAUAAAACAACAAUCACAAACUUAAAGGUACCAGAGGGUGCUACUGGAGACACAGGACGAGAAAGAACAAAGACAUUUACCUAUGAUUUUUCCUAUUUCUCAGCAGACAGUAAAAGUCCCAGCUUUGUUUGUCAAGAAAUGGUUUUCAAAAAUCUUGGUAUGGAUGUGCUUAAAUCUGCCUUUGAAGGUUAUAAUGCCUGUGUUUUUGCAUAUGGACAGACUGGAUCUGGGAAGUCCUACACCAUGAUGGGAAAUGCGGGUGAUGCAGGUUUGAUACCUCGAAUUUGUGAAGGAUUGUUCAGCAAAAUAAGUGAAAAAACAAAGCGGAAUGAGGCAUCCUUUCGAACAGAAGUCAGUUAUCUGGAAAUUUAUAAUGAACGUGUGAGAGAUCUUCUCAGAAGGAAGUCAUCAAAAACUAAUAAUUUACGAAUACGAGAACAUCCAAAAGAAGGACCAUAUGUUGAGGACUUGUCUAAGCAUUUAGUGCAAAAUUAUACUGAUGUAGAGGAACUUAUGGAAGCAGGAAAUAUAAAUAGGACAACGGCUGCAACUGGAAUGAAUGAUGUCAGUAGCAGGUCUCAUGCCAUUUUCACAAUCAACUUCACUCAGGCUCAAUUUGAUUCUGAAAUGCCUUGUGAAACUGUUAGCAAGAUUCAUUUGGUAGAUCUUGCUGGAAGUGAGAGAGCAGAUGCCACUGGUGCCACAGGGGUUAGAUUAAAGGAAGGAGGGAAUAUUAACAAAUCUCUAGUUACUCUGGGAAAUGUAAUUUCUGCCUUAGCUGAUUUAUCUCAGGAUGCAACAAAUCCACUUUCAAAGAAGAAGCAAGUAUUUGUGCCUUACAGGGACUCUGUGUUGACUUGGCUGUUGAAAGAUAGCCUAGGAGGAAACUCUAAAACUAUAAUGAUUGCCACUAUUUCACCUGCUGAUGUCAAUUACGGUGAAACUUUAAGUACACUUCGCUAUGCAAAUAGAGCCAAAAACAUCAUCAACAAGCCUACUAUUAACGAGGAUCCCAACGUCAAACUGAUCCGUGAGCUGAGAGCUGAAAUAGCCCGAUUAAAAGCCCUGCUUGCUCAGGGGAAUCAGAUUGCACUCUUGGAUUCUCCGACAGCUUUAAGUAUGGAAGAAAAGCUUCAGCAGAAUGAAGCAAGGGUGCAAGAACUAACCAAAGAGUGGACAAACAAGUGGAAUGAAACUCAAGAUAUUCUGAAAGAACAAACCUUGGCUCUGAGGAAAGAAGGGAUAGGUGUUGUCUUAGAUUCUGAACUGCCUCAUCUCAUUGGCAUUGAUGAUGAUCUUCUCAGUACUGGUAUCAUCUUGUACCACCUGAAGGAGGGCCAAACAUAUGUUGGCAGAGAAGAUGCUAUGGCAGAACAGGAUAUUGUUCUUCAUGGCCUUGAUUUGGAAAGUGAGCAUUGCAUCUUUGAAAAUCUCAAUGGCACUGUGAACCUCAUCCCACUGAACGGAGCACAGUGUUCUGUGAAUGGUAUUCAGAUUACAGAGCCCACACACCUCAACCAAGGUGCUGUUAUAUUACUUGGAAGAACCAAUAUGUUUCGCUUUAACCACCCCAAAGAAGCUGCCAAGCUAAGGGAGAAAAGAAAGAGUGGACUGCUGUCUUCCUUCAGCUUGUCUAUGACAGAUCUUUCAAAAUCCUGUGAGAACCUGUCAGCAGUUAUGCUUUAUAAUCCAGGUCUUUUCCCUGUAAAAGGACCGAUCUGUCUAAGGCUAGAAUUUGAGAGACAACAACGAGAGGAGCUUGAAAAAUUAGAAAGUAAAAGGAAACAAAUAGAAGAGAUGGAAGAAAAACAAAGAUCUGACAAAGCAGAACUCGUAAGAAUGCAGCAAGAAGUAGAGUCACAGCGAAAAGAGACAGAGAUAGUUCAGCUGCAAAUUCGAAAACAGGAGGAGAGUCUGAAACGGAGAAGUGUUCACAUUGAGAGCAGGUUAAAGGAUUUGCUGGCUGAAAAAGAGAAAUUUGAAGAAGAGAGAUUACGGGAACAACAGGAGAUAGAGCUUCAAAAGAAAAAGCAUCAGGAAGAAAUUUUUGCCCGGGUCAAAGAGGAGUUGCAGCGACUACAAGAACUUAAUCAUAAUGAAAAAGCAGAGAAAAUGCAGAUUUUUCGUGAACUAGAAAGACUUAAAAAGGAAAAAGAUGAACAAUAUGUUAAGCUGGAGUCAGAAAAAAAAAGACUUGAAGAACAGGAAAGAGAGCAGGUGAUGCUUGUGGCUCAUCUAGAGGAACAGCUUCGAGAGAAACAGGUCAUGAUAGACCUCCUGAAGAGAGGGGAUGUGCAGAGAGUUGAAGAAGAGAGAAGAGACCUUGAAGAUAUUAGAGAAUCUCUAUUGAAAGUCAAGGAGGCCCGCUCUGAAGGUGAUGAAAACCAUGAGGAUUUAGAAAAAGCACAGCAUGAUUUUGUAGAGUUCAAAAGGAAACAGCUGGAACGGUUGACUGUUUUGGAAAAAGAUUUAGUUCAGCAAAUGGAUCACCUAGAAAAGGAAAUAGCAGAUGAAAAAGGAGCUCUGGAGCACUUAAAAUUUGCACAUGAAGAACAUUUAAAUCCCAAGAGAGAUGAUGAAAACUCUGUGGAUCCCAUACUCAGGGCUGAAGAAGUUGACAAGAUAAAGCCAGUGGAGUACAGACUCCAAUCUAAAGUACGCCAGCUUGAGUACCUGAAGAGUAAUCAUUUGCCAGCUCUGCUGGAAGAAAAACAAAGAGCUUCUGAAGUCCUUGAUAGGGGCUUGUUAGGGUUAGAUAAUAUUCUCUAUCAAAUAGAGAAAGAAAUAGAAGAAAAAGAAGAGAAGCUUGCCCAGUAUAGAGCCAGCACAAAUCAGCUGGAGCAGCUUCAAGAAACCUUUGAAUUCACAGCCAAUGUAGCUCGUCAGGAAGAAAAGGUUCGGAAAAAGGAAAAAGAAAUCCUUGAAUCAAGGGAAAAGCAGCAGAGAGAGGCUCUGGAGCAGGCUGUUGCUAAGUUAGAAAGGAGACACUCAGCUUUGCAGCGUCGUUCGACGAUAGACUUUGAAAUCGAAGAGCAAAGACAGAAACUGGCCACCCUGAACAACAGCUGCAGUGAGCAGGCAGGGCUGCAGGCCAGUCUGGAGGCUCAGCAGAAAGCCCUCGAGCAAGACCGAGAACGCCUGGACCAGGAAAUUCAGCAGCUGAAGCAAAAAAUAUACGAGGGUGAUGGUGCUCAGAAAGGAAACCAUGGAACAUUGGAAGAGAGACUCUCCCAUAGCACUUCCCCUACCAGCUCAACAAAGCCACAGCCACCCUCUGCUCCUCUGGUUGAUGACAGGAUAAAUGCCUUUAUUGAACAAGAAGUGCAGAGAAGGCUCCAGAAUAUUCAUCAUAAAGCUGAGGAUAACGAUGUUAGUGUGGCCUGGUCUACAGAAAGUUUAAAGGAUAAUGAGAGGCUUAAUAACGGCACUGUUCAACGGAAGCUGAAGUAUGAGCAGAAAAGUCAACAGUGGCAGCCACACUGUGGCUUUCCAUUUCUGUCUAAAGAUGGCAAUUGUGCUUCUGAGUUGCGUGGAGAAAACACAGGAGUAAGAGAUCAUAAGAAACAGAAGGCAUAUACAGAGAUGCUGGAUUUAUUUUCCAGUUCUGGAAGAAUCUCCUCCUCUUUAACAUCAGAGAAGGCAUUUCAGAAUGAAAGGAGUAAUUUGGAACAGGAGAACUUUGCUUGUCAUUGUGACAUUAAAAGUAGUUUAAUUCACUCUAAAAAUACUAAUACUUUAAAGAGUAAAAAUGUUUCUUAUCAGAAUGUUUUAUCUACUUCUUUACAAAGUCCUGACUUUAAUAAUGUGGCUUAUUCACUCCGCAAGGUUGAAAAUUUCAGUCAUUUUGAUGAUAAAAUAAUUACUUCUCCAGAUUGUGACAGCUCAAGAACUGAAUCUGAUUGUUCCCACUCGAAACAACUGUCUCCUGUAGGAUCCUUAAUGGGUGCUAAUGAGCAGACUGGGUUUAACAGUGUAUCAUGCCUUCUCUUUCCUCAGUCUAAUAUGCAUUCUGAAACAAAAACUUAUAAAGAAAACAGCCCAUUAAAUGCAGUGUACCCAACAAUUGAAGACCAGUCUAGUAAUUCUCAGCUUCCAACACAAAAAGCCUUUGAUUUGACCCCUUUUAAGUCAAUAGCUUCUCAUUUUGAUGCGAGACUAGAACACACUACCAGUUUGGGGUCUCUUGUCAGUAAGCUUUCCUGCUUUUGCAAAAAUACCAGUAGUCAGCUGCUCCACAGUGGAGUGGUUUCCAAACAAAUCAAGGAGUUGGGAAGUUUGUGUGACAGAAAUGAGAGGUGUGCACAAGCAGUAUCAUUAAUAAAAAAUCUACCAUUUAUAAGGAACUUGCAAGUAAAUGUGUUCUUCAAGUCAGAUGUGAAUCAAGACAUGUCCCACACUACUGAUGACACCAAAGCUCAUACUGAAAAUGUCAUUCAGACUGUGUCUCCUGUGCAAGAGGCUGUCACAGUGUGUGUGAGCACAGAGAUCUCGGAUGACUGUACGAGAAAACCCCCUGAAGGAUUUACAUGCUGUAGUAAAAAUGAAGAGCUGGAAAACACUUUUGUGUUAAGACAGAACUUUGUGCAUUUUCCUGAUGUCUUUUUGAAGCUUCAAGUCUGUUCCCUGGAAAAAGUACUGGAAUUUUUGACCUGUGCUUUACCUCAGAUUUCUGUUAGGAUGGAGGAGUUGAAAGGUAUCUACUGGCUUGCUGUUGGCAAUUGCAAAAAACCUGACCCAGAUCCUGCUUGCUUGCUUUUGUUCAGCUCCAUUCUGUAUGUUGUUGUUUCAUCAGCUGAACAAGACACCUGCCAGAGUUCCUUGGCACUGCUUUGUGAGGUCCCUAUUGACUCUAUAAAGGAGAUUCAAGUUGGCUUUGCUGGACAGAGUAUUAGUCUUCUGUGUUCUGCUGAAGAUGGUUUACUCACAAUAUUUACCUAUAACAAGCACGUCACUCAAAGAAUUUGCCACGACAUAAUGAGCAUUUUGAUUUCUGCAGUGGAUGAUGAUGCUUAUUUAAAUCACCAGCUCUUGAAAGAUGAUUUGAUUCAGAUUUCACUUAACUGGACUUCAGAUGUAAAUGACUUGGUUUUUUCAAACGGAGUGCGAUUGUCCUGUAAAUUUCAAACUGAGUUAGCUGAUCUGGUUUACUUACUCCAUGAAAAUAUGGGAAGUAUUAAACCUUCAUUAGGUGACAUUCGUGUUCUACUGUAUACCUCAGUGAAAGUAGACUGUGCUGAGCAGACUGUGUAUAGAACUCUCGUUCUUACAACUACUCAUAUAGGUCUCUUAAAGGAAAAUCAUGCCCCUAACAUUCGGGAUGCUUCCUGCCAGCGAUCGCAGUUUGACACCCUUCAGUUGUACAGUUUGAAUGAUAUCCGAUGUGCAAUUUUGCCAGACAAAGAGAAUUGCACAAAAAUUGAGCUUGUGUUUUCUAGAAGGAGCAAGGUUGGAUCUGAUUCAGGAACUGCUUUUUCUAAAUACUGUGAAAAAGAAAUAAAUACUCAACUGACAGUCAUCCCAUCAAUUCUUCAAAGCAGUUUGCAUAUCCCUUCGGAAAUCUGGAAAUUAACAUUCAGUUCAAGUGAAGAAGCCAUUUGGCUAAUUAUGCAUCUGACUAGGUGUUGAAAUCCAAAUACAUUUAGAUACAUUCAAAAUAAGAGGGUAAUGAAUAUUGAUAAAAUCCUUUUUUGUUUCCUUUUUUUUAAUUAAUAGACAAAAGGGACCUUUGAGCCUCUAAAGGAAUGCCAUAGACUGUGUACACACAUCCUAGCAAUAAUAAUUAUUACUUGAGUGCUUGCUUUUUGUGGGUCUCUGCUAUCCUUUACAUACAUUUCCUUUGGAAAGUGAGGAAAUUAAAUGUUUCUAUGUUAUGUGGUAGGUGGAUGAAAACUAUAAUUACAGCUCUGCCUUCUGAUUUCCAUUUUGGCUGUGUUUUCUGGCUUCUUCCAUCUACUAUCUGUCUUCAUUAAUGUCUUCUCCAUUCCUCCUCGAUUGCCUUUUCCUUAAUUUUUCUGAGUAUCUGUUUUUCAUGCUCCUCAUUUAUUUCAUGCCCUUGAUCUCAAUCAAUAUUUCAAAACAUCUGCAAAUUUUUUUAUCUUACAUUUCACUGUGUGCUCUUAAUACUACAGAUAUUUACAGCUUUUAUACAUGCAAUUUUGAGAAUAAUAGAUUUGACAAUUCUCUCCUGCUUCAGAGUUUUGCAUUUAAGGUUGAUUGCACUUGCACAUCAAAGUUUGUCACAAGUGCAAAAAGAGCUGUGCUUUAAAUAGCAUUUCAACCUUUGGUCAUGCUACUGUACCUGUGGCAAAAAAUGUUUUGGGGUCUGUCAUCUGUGUAUGUGUUUCUCAUGCUGUAAAUGGGUAGCUGACAGCUGGGGAUACAGCCUGACAGUUGGAGUGAGUUUAACUCUAGAGUUCUGUCCGUGCUUAGCCUUACUUUCACCUUUUUCUGCUUGCUUACUAGUGGGGUUGUUGAUGCUGUGAGAUUGCAUCUCUUACAGUCUCUUUAAUACUACAUGCCAAGAAAGAAGGAAACUAUUGAACAUUAGUAAAAGACUUCCAUUAGUGAAGGCUUAGUACAAGGUUAUUUUUUACCUGUUACCCUGUCAGAUGUUCAAAUGAUAAAUAAGCUGUGUUGUCUCCCAUCUUUUGUUUUUUCCCAUGUAAAGGGAGCUGAACACCUUUUGAAUCCUGUUGCUUGAAUGUGCCAUCUGCCUCGUUUGAGGAGGAUGGUUCUUGGCAGAAAAAACAGUGGUAUCUAAUCUGAAAUUCUAAAUUCUGUAAACAUAUUGCCAGCAGAGGUGCAAUCUUCCACUAGACAGAGUUAGACUUCGGUCUCUUUGCUAGUAUAAGAACAUUUCCCAUUUGUUUUUACCAUAUGUUAAGACAUGAUAACGUAACUCAUAUGGGAUUUAAAAAGAAAUAGCUUGCACUGGAUGAGGAAGUUAUGUCUGGAAGGAUGAAUGCUGGUUUGGAUAGAGAAUUAUGGGGUUUUUUUACAUUACAAAACUUGCUACUUCCUUAAGGAAGUCCAGAGAUGAGCAAAAUAUGUCACAUUAUUUUGAGGUACAGUGAGGGGGAGUUAGCAAAGAAAGUGCACACAAAUAUCUCACAGAAUGUGGAGUAGAUGGAGCAGUAACCUCGUAUCAGUCCCGCUCAGGAGUGGCUCCCUCAGUGACAUCACAGAGGCAUUUCUUCUGGCCCUUGCCCAAAGUCAACAGUGAGUGGCACUAUCUAGGAGGACUCUCUUGAUCAAGGCUGUUAAAGGAAAGCAAUUUCUGCAACCAAUUUCUUUUCAGAUUAUACCCCAAAGUUAAGUGUUUGUGCAUAUUGUGUUUCCCAAUAAUGCGUUUUUCCUCUGUUGUGCUUGUUUUCAAAUCUUACUCAGUGAAUAUUCUGCACUUUUAUGAAAAAGAACAACUUCACAGCAAUAUCUUUUAUUCUGAUGUAAAGUAAACAUAAGAUAAUGAUCAUUGUUUAUGAAUAUCAAAAGCAUUAUUUAAUGCAUUAGGGUGUGUUUUCCACAACACUUUGUGUUUGAAAUUGUUUUCCUCUCUAUUAUUACCGUUUGUAAUAGUUCUCUGGAAAUGACUGCCAAUAAAUUAUGUGUUGACAGAGGUGGCUU